AUGCUGGAGGAACGGCAUUACGGGCAAGGCUUGUAUGAUAUCAGCCAUAGUCUCCAAACUGAGGUUUACCUUAUUCCGACAAGGACAAGCCAAGGAGCUAGUCAAAGUUUCCAAUGCAAGCACUUUAAACCGGGGCCUUCUGACUUCACUUCGCUUCGAAAAGUUUGUAUCCUCUCCUUUCGCGUCGAGCAUCUUCAAACCUUCGCUUCAGAUAACUACUGUGAAGCUCGAUGGAAGCAAUUAUCUUGCUCGGUCACGGUCUGCACUCUUGUCAAUCAAAGUAGGGGGAUGGUGGACUACUUGACUGGGAAAGGCAAGGAGCCAGAUAUUUCUGAUCCCGCAUAUGCAAAGUGGGACUCAGAAAAUUCCUUGGUCAUGUCUUGGUUGAUUCAUUCUAUGCAACCAGAGAUUGGUAAUGGUUAUCUCCUACUGAAGACAGCAAAGGAGAUAUAG